AUGGCAGCUGUGGUUCAGCCAGACAAGGCAUGGAAUUGCAAUUUUGCAGGGAACUACGACAGUUUGGAACAGUUGCAUCAAGUACUAGCUGAUGCACAAGGAUGGCAACACUUUGCAGACAUUUUGGCAGAUCUGCGGAAUUCCCAGAAUACGUGGAACGAGUUGCUUCGCUCUGGCAGAGCAGAAGAUGCUGGAUCAAUCGCUCAAAACGCCAUUCUCGCAUCGCAUGGAACGGUUUUCCAGCCAGAGGCUGAAGAAACACUGGCAGAUUUUUUCAGAACAGUCGUGAAGAUGAGCCAUGACAAUCCGUUGAUGGCAGCUCUGGUCCUUGGAGGGACCUUAUCAGCUUUGCGGAGUGAUGAAUCUGAGAAGUCUAAUACAAGGCCUCAAGUCAUCCCAAUACACAUGCUUCAAAUUUGGUUUGCAGGCGCUGCUCUUGAAGCUGUGGUCAAUGCUUUGAUUCGUGGUGAUUUUAAGGACGAAGUGGCCCAGGCGUGCAAUGGAUGGUUAUGCAGCCUUCCAGACAGGGUGAACCAAGCCUUUGGAGGAUCCUGUUCCGCCACAGUGAUAGCAUUUUCAGACUGGUUGCAGAAAACAUAUUCGCAACGCUUGGUGGCUGCUAUGCUGUCUUCCGUUUGUGACCUGGAAAUGAACAAAGACACUGAUUUCACACCAACAACCAUUGACCUCUUGGCACGUGUUGCGCUAAGAGGCAAUGCAGCUGUGUUGGCCGCACAUCUUUGUGCAAAGGCACUGACGUGCAAUUGGUCGGUUGGCGUGGUGGGUCAUAUCAUAGCAAAACUCUCUGAAGAACAUCCUUCUGCUGGCCGAAGUUUGGUUUGUGCAAUUCUGGAAGCAACUGGUGCUGUCUUGCAAAGCACUUCCUCUGAACUCUUCGCAUAUAGCGGUGCUGGCAACCUUCUGAAGAUUUUGCGCCCCGCUUUGGGAUGUGGCCCCAUUCAACAACUUCUUGCAGUGCACAUUUGGCACGUCCCGCUGGGGAGUCAGCUCUCCGCCCCUGUAGUCUUCGCCUUGGUUGAUGAGUUGAUGAGUGAGUCAUCUGAUGUUUCGCAUUGGUUCAGAACUUGGGCCAACCCUUCGCAUCGAGAGGCCGCUGAGGCUGAGCAGAACCUGGCUUUGCGGGUUGCCCGCACCUUGCGAUGGAAGACUCCUUCGCCGGAGCAUCUGCAUUUGCUGCUGCAGGGUGUGCACAAUCGACUUUCUGCGCAAGCCAAAGAGACUCGCUUGUAUGGUAUGGCAGUAGCGGAGACUAUGGCCAGCUCCUGGAGAUCUGAGAGUGACAAGAGUGAAGAGAAUGAGGAAAAACUUCAAUUUGACAACUUUGAUCGGGACGAUGCUUCAGUCAUUGCCUUUCGUUUGGUGAAGUCAGACUUCCAGGCAGCUGGGGACCAUCCACCAGCGGUACCAGCACCAAAAGUCUCGCCCAGUGCUGCGGCCAUGUUGGGUGAGAUGUUGGCAGCCAGAGAAGGAAGUGCAGGGCAGCCUGAAAAGCACUUGGAUGCUUUCAUCGUAGAGUCUGUGGAGCCAGAGAAGGACACACCUCAAGUUGAAACCGUUUGGCCAGCUGAUAGUGAUGACGAAGAUGAAGAUCAUCCACUGAGUGGUGUUCCGCCGCUGUCUCCGCUGAAUGCUCUGCCAGACACUUGCUCUGAUUUGCUGUUGGUCCAGCCUCCACAUUUCUUGCGAAGUGCAUAUGAAAUGCUGCUGGGGCCUUUGAAGACUCCGAUCACUCCACUUUCCGAAGAGGUGUAUGGCAAGCCUGGUGAUGCACCGGAGCCUGCAGCCACGGCACGUGCGAGAUUGUUGACUGCAUUGGCAGAGCUUCCAAAACUCAUUCAUUGUGGCUCCGAAGAACUGCCAAGGCUCGCUGGACCCAUUUCGAGCAAAUUGCUUCGCUUGGAGGCCGUUCAUGAUGUCGCCGAUCUGGAACUCAAGGUACUGGUGAGCUUACUGGUUGCUGACUCAAGCAGACGGAAUGCUGUCCAAAACCUCAUUGCCGAGUUCGGAAGUGAGGACUUGCCUUUGCCUUCUCGACGGAUGAUCUUGGAUGCUUUGGGCACUGCGUCCCGGGAGCUCUCUGGCUGUCAGGAAUUGCCGGUGGAAAGAUCAGGAGCCUCGAAGCCAGCCCUGGGCACUGUGGGGAAGACGCGGCGCUUUACUUCAGCGACUCAAAUCCCACCUUCCACCACCAACAGGUUUGCCUCGGAGGCCCGACACUUCAUCCUCCCAUUGGUGGCCAGAUGGAGACAGCCUGCCGGUUCGGCGGCUGCCUGGGCACUGGGUGAAGCUUCCACUGUGGCAGAGUUUCUUCACAGCUUGGGGGUGAUGCUGGAGAGUGCUGGCAGAGCUUGUCCAGACAAAGACCAACUGGCGCGUGACUGCAGUGAGCCAGCCAUGGAGGGGCUUUCACACACAGAGCUGCUCGUUCGACGCUGCAGCCUCUUCGUGUUGUCUCGAAUGGUCUUGAUUGGCUGCGAGGAAGUACUGCUUGAGCUGCCGAUUCUGAUGCAGCUGGAGGCGUUCCCUUUCGUGGAGAGUGAUGAUACUUGCAGAAGGAUGGCGGCUGGCCUGGUUGCCUCCUUGAGCAAGCGCACCUUGAGCUGGCAAUGAGCGGCGAUGUUAGACCGACAGCCACCACCUUGUACAGAGUGGCACAGGGAUCCUGGAGCGGAAA